AUGGUACAAAGAGGAACGCGCAUAGGGCCGCUGCCUGAGGGUCGCCGGGCGCGUCUGGAGCUGGCGCUGGACGCGGCAGCAUGCGGGCCGCCGGCCGAGCGCGAGAAGCUGUACGAUCACCUAGCAGCCCUCCGCAUCCAUCAUCCCCACCAGAAGGCUUGGUGUCGGCUGGGUCUUCUCGGACUCAGCAAGCGGCACCCGCCGCUGGUGGAGCACGUUGCAUGUGUUGGUCACAAACAAUGA